AUGGCUCCAGACCCAGGGCGCCAGAUAAGCAGAGGUGCAGGGCACCCCGCGCGCUGGAUCGUGGCCUUGUCGAUGCCGCUCGUGAUGUCGCUCUUGAUGUCGCUGACCGCCCUAGUUGCAGCCUUCGCGACUGCCGCCAGCGCGCCGUCGGCGCCCGUGGAGAUCUGCGAGGACGAUGAGGCGCAGCGCACGGCGUAUCCCAUCAAGCAAGACGUCGAGAUGCAUUGCGAUGACAUAGAGAAGAUGUGGCACAACACGUUCUACGCCGAGUCCCGCGCGGGCCCUGAGGAGCACCCCGCCCACCUCGACACCGAACUGGACGAUCCGUGCGACGAGUUGCCGGGCGUCGCGCUCGUCGUGGGUGAUUUGAUGCGGGCGCUUGCCUUAGGGUUUCUUGGUUUCGUCGAGGGGCUGAUGGCCUCGAGCAGCAACGCCAUAAUGAUGUCCAUCACCAUCGGUCGCCUCCGAAGCUCCUUCGACCGGAGCCUGUUCUUCACCUACGGCCUUGCGAUUGCCUACCUCGGGGUUGGCCUGGCCGCGGCCGCCUCGAUGAGGGCCAUCGCGGGCGCAGUAUCUGGCGCCCUGGACUCAUUCCAGGCAGCGGUUGCCCUCCCAGCCGCCCCAGCCGCAUGGGCCGCUGGUUGGACCGCUCAGAACUUCGACUCGACGGACGAGCUGAACAUGAGAGUAGGAGAUACUACCGGCAUUGGGAGUGCGCAGUGGAGUGCGUGCGCCAUGGUGACCAAAUUGACGCUGACGUGGACCCCGAUAUCACUCAGCAGGAGAUUAGCCACCCAGCAGCGGCAAGAGGCGGCGCCGCGGCUGGAAGAGGUGGAAGACAUGGAGGAGGUGGAGGAGGAAGAGGAAGCGGAGGAGAGGGCGUUGGAGGCGCAGCUGGACGACCAGCUGUCGCUGGAGGAGCCGCCUCAGGACAAGAUGCUGUCCACGGAGCUGAAGAAGAGGAUAACGGAGGCGGGGGAGGACUGGCAGUCGCGGCCGGGCCAGCGCCUCACGCAUCGCCGUCGCCGGCCCUUCUGUCGAAAGCGUGGCCGUGCCCAGAUUUGGCUUGGCGCGGUGGUCUGCGUGCCGCGAGUUCCCGAGUACUUGCAGGCGCAGCACAGGGCAGCCAAAUUCGUGCUUCUCGAAGCGUCGGACGCGGCCCCGACGCAUGCGGAACAGCUGCGGGGGGUGGCGCCAGAGCGCAUUCGGCAGUUGGUCGACGACGGAGCGUGGAAGAAAUUACUCGCAGGCCUUCGCGGCGGGGCCCCGCUGGUGGAUUCCGCGGACGCCGAGGGUGACCUGGGGAACCUCUUCCUCACCGAGCGCUCCUGGGUGUCGAGGCCGUUCGUCGCUGCCACUUUCGACGUCUCCGAAGGGGAUUUUCAGGCGGCAGCGGCACGGGAGCUGCGAGAAUCCAGUCCGCAUGCCGCCGCGGGACGCCACGGAGGCAGAGCCACCCGUUGGCAGGCGGGUUCUGGGGAUGAGCGAUACGUGUGUCUUCUGGCGCGCGCCUUGAAGAAGUGGCUGGACGGCGAGGCCCCGCCUGAGUUGAACGAGAUCUUCUUCCGUCAGACCUUGCACGCCCUGCGAAAGUCCAACGGCGGCAUCCGGCCAAUCGCGGUGGGAGUUUUUCUGCGGCGCCUGGCGCUCAGGGCCCUCCUGCGCCGGAAGCGGCAAGGGGUGCGCGUCGCCGUCGGCGAGAUGCAAUUUGCUCUGGGGCGGGCGGCGCGGACGCUGCUUUCACGGCACGAGGACCGCCAGCUGGACUCCACGCAGGAACCGCCGACGCACCUGCAGCGGGAGUUGACGGACGCCGCGAUGUUUGCGACGCGGGCGGACCUUCUCCACCAGCUUCCAGAAGAGGUGCACAGGGGCCGGCUGCGCCAGGGCGACGGCCCGGGAGCGGGCAGCUUCCUGUGUGCACCCCAGAAGGGAGCGCGGGCGAUGGCCGACGGGACGUGGCGCAUGGCACUGCGCAAGCGCCUUCUUUGCACCACAGACAAAAUCAUUUCUCCUGCGACAGCGGAGACGCACUGUCAGCACAUUGGGCACCGGGGUGCACGCGGGGCGCUGCUGGGAGGGAUCGCCAGCCUCGCGAACGCGGAAGGCUGCAAGGUGGGCGGCGGAGUUGUUGGAGGCCACAACGAGGUGCGGGACAUCCUUCUGCGUUUCGCCGCGAAGUGCGCUGACCCCAGGGCGCUCAAGGAACAGCGUCUGCAGAGCCUGCGGGCGGGCAAGCUCGAGGACGCCGAUGACGUGGACUCGCCGGGCGACGCGCUCGACGGACGGCGCGCGCUGCCGCCGGUACGCGAGAAACGCCGCCGGCACGCCAGUCUCAACGCGACGCCGCGCGCGUUUGAGAUCGGCGGCCGGGCAGGCGAGAGCGCCUUAGCCACCAUCCGCAAGCUCGCGGCCAUGGCGGGCAGCGACGCCGAAGCACCUGUUCUGGCCGCCAACCCAUUGCAGGAAAUUAGCAUUGCGCUGUAUUCUGCCUUAGCGUGGCGAGUUGCCAGCGCCUUCACGCGGCCAGACUCCAUCGUCCUGGCGGGCAGCAGGUAG